AUUAUUUUACUACAUAAUUUUUAGAAAAUCCCAGUUCAAAGUCUCCAUUUUCAAAACCUGGCUUAAACCCUAUUAUUCUCGGGAAGCAAACAUUUCUCCCAUUCUAUUCUCUCGAGAAAAUGGUUCACUCCGGUCAAGUGUCUCUCUUUCUCUCUCGUAAUCUACCACGUUCACUGAGGGAUGUUGUACAGUUAUUCAGCUUGCUCAGUAAUUCAAUGUCGAACCGUUUUGUUUGCUCAAAUUACCGGAAAUAGAAGAUCGGGACCAAUUUUCUGUUACUUUGUAUGUGAGAUACUGUUGUGAUAACUGCUUUUUGAGGUAGCCUUGAAAGAUACCUAGAAAAUGUCUACCUCUAAAAAGUCAUAUAGAAGUAGUCAACCUUCACUCAAGUACAGGUUGAGCGUAGUUGAGGGGGUUUUCUUUGAGAUUGGUGAGCUUGUUCCUGAAGAAUAUACCCCUUCCCCGCCUGAUACAAAUAGGAAAACCCGAAUAAAGGCUCAUGCCAAGCAAACUCAAAUACUGAGCACUGCUGAGUUGAUCUCAUCAUUAAACCAGAUAUGGAACUAUGCAAGCUCUAUUGCUAUCCCUCAACAACAGACAAAUCUGGAAAGAGCCCGUCUUGUCUCUCAAAAAGAGGAUAUAUUGGUCAAAUUGGGGUCGGAAGAAAAUGGCUCGGGAUCUAUUUCAGCUGAUAGAAAAUACUUUUGCAUUGAUUUGAGGACAGCUAGGCAGUUGUCAUCUCUCAGGAAGCCAAACUUCGAUAUUGUCAAAAUAACCAAGAAAAUGUCCAUGUUCGAAUCUUCUAAUGGAAAUAUUAACCCUUCAUUUUACCAGGGGCUUUUUUGCGGUGGCUCUGACUUUGCCAACGAGGAUUGGAAAGGAAAGGGGCUUGCGGCUGUUGGAUUUUCAUAUGAAUUUGGAAAUAUCUACAAAUGGAUGAGAAAGAUGAUUCCUGCUGGCCUUCAGCAUUUUGUAAAAUUCCCAGAGAUUGAGAAUAAGAAAAUUGGUAAAUAUUGCAUUGCUGCAAGUAGUGGUAUAGGGAACUGCAUUUCAGCAGAUAGAACUAGUCUGACAGAUAACUUACCCACUGAAAAUGCUGAGCGUUAUUCUCAUUGCAUCGAAUCUAAAGAUCUGUCCAUAUCUCAAGAUAUGAAACCGGUUAUGAAUACAGGAGGAACCACCUCUCUGUGCUCAGAUUAUUUCCUCAUUGAUGCUCAAGAAACCGAGGCAGAUUGUAGUGGUUCGAGGACUCCAGAUUCCGAUCUUUGUGCAGAUUCUCAUAUAAACUCUUUAGCUUCCCAUUAUAGUGCAUACAAAGAGUGGCAACCGCUUAGUGAUGGUAGCGAGUACCAUGAAAAUCAACAAAAACAAUUGGAAGUAUUUUCCACAAAUGGCGGUCGAAUGGAAAGUCACUUAACUGCAAUUGCCAGUGAAAAACCUCAAUUUGCUCUUGCUAAACAAGAGCAUGCUUUUGCAGGGGCUUUUGCUGGAAUAUUUGUUAGCCUAUGCCUACAUCCAAUUGAUACAGUUAAGACAGUCAUUCAAUCUUGUCAUGCAGAGCAGAAGUCAAUAUUUUAUAUUGGAAGAUCAAUAAUUUCUGAAAGAGGCUUCACUGGAUUAUAUAGCGGCAUUGCUAGCAAUAUUGCAUCUUCAGCUCCAAUAUCUGCCCUUUAUACUUUCUCAUAUGAAUCAGUCAAAGGGGCUUUGCUUCCUCUUCUCCCUAAGGAGUAUCAUUCUUUAGCUCAUUGCAUGGCUGGUGGUUGUGCAAGCGUUGCUACUUCUUUUAUUUUUACACCUAGUGAGCGUAUAAAGCAGCAGAUGCAAGUUGGUGCACACUAUCAAAACUGCUGGAAUGCCUUGGUUGAGAUUAUCAGAAAGGGGGGUCUGCCUUCACUCUACACUGGGUGGGGGGCUGUACUCUGCAGGAAUAUUCCAAAUUCAAUUAUCAAGUUCUACACAUACGAAAGCUUGAAGCAAGUCAUGUUGACAUCAUUGCAAUCACCUACUCAACUGAACACAUUACAGACUCUAGUUUGUGGUGCCCUGUCUGGUUCAACUGCGGCUUUCUUUACAACUCCCUUUGAUGUGGUGAAGACAAGAUUACAGACACAGAUACCUGGAUCUCUGAGCAGAUACAAUAAUGUGUAUCAUGCCCUUCAAGAUAUAUGGAUGCAUGAAGGGUUGAGUGGUCUAUCCAGGGGAUUGAUUCCUCGGUUGGUUAUGUAUACGACUCAAGGAGCACUCUUCUUUGCUUCAUACGAAUCUUUCAAGCAAUUACUCUCCUUGGAGAGGCCACAAUUAACCGCUCACGAACAGGAAAAGGAAAACAAAGAUGACUCUACAUCGCAAUUACCAUCAUCAUCGCCAUCAAGGUUGCACAGUUGCCAUUCAUAAUAGUUAGAAAAGCACAUACAUAAAAGCAUUGUUAGCAAGCUGAUGAAUGACGCAUACAGCAUUUAAAGCAUGUCAAUUAACUAUUUUUUGGUUGCGGAGACCUUUCUAAGGAAAUCUGUGAUCAAAUAAUGAUGGAAAACUGAUUGAAGGCAGAGGCUGAAAUGUAAGCCGACAGUUUCCCAUGUUGCCAUUUAUGUUUGAAGUUUCUUUUGUGCUAAUAAAAGUUGCUAAAUCAGGGUUGACUGAAUAAUGACCAUUGGUUAGCCUUCUGUUAGAUGUCGACAUGUUUUUCAGAGAUUAACGUGUAUAUAUUUUGGAUCAUUUAUGUUAAUUGUUUAUUUUUCUGAAAGAUCUAUAUUCCACAUUGUAUUUGAAACAUUUGGAGAUAAAUAUGGAUAUGAUCUUUCAAAGUGGUGCAA